UCCUCUUAUGGCUAUCCCUCUAGUCGUCGAGAUGGAUAUACCCCCGUACAUGUGUGCCCCGAUGCAGGGCUGCUGUCCCGCCAUGUGCUCCCAAGAAGCCUUUGAUAGAUGACAUCAAAGAGUCUACCAGGACAUAAAAGCGUCCGGGGAGUCGGAGAACCUAUGCCAAGCAAGCCCUCUUCUCUCUCUUUGCUCCACCUCUGCUUGAUAGAGCAAUAGAUUAGUGACGAUGUUUGCGGAUUGCAAUCUAUUGUCCCUUUUCUGUCUCUUCGUUUCUGCAUUUGCUCUUCGUUAUGACCCGGCACACGAAGGUUGGAACCUCAACCUGAACCAGAGUGCAACAGAUCCUCUGGAUUACUGGGGAGAAUGGGAGGAUCACACGUUCCAUCCGUCCCCGAAGAGCUGGCGUUUUCCGUUCUACAUCGUUACUCUAGACCGCUAUGUGGAUGGAGACCCCACCAACAACGAGGCCAAUGGAACAACUUUCGAACAUGACUGGACCAGCAACCAGUUCCGCUUUGGCGGAGACGCCAAAGGGCUAAUGAACAAUCUUGACUACCUUCAAGGCAUGGGCAUCAAGGCCAUUUACCUCUCCGGUACUCCCUUCAUCAAUAUGCCAUGGAGUAGUGACGGGUUCGGUGCGCUCGACUUCACGCUUCUUGAUCAUCACCACGGCACGAUUGAAGAUUGGAGAGCCCUGGUCACCGAAAUACAUCGCCGGAGCAUGUAUGUCAUUCUGGAUAACACGCUUGGAACCAUGGGAGACCUUCUCCAAUGGGUUGGCUACGAGAACGUCACGGCGCCGUUCAACUGGAAUGAGUACGACGUUAGGUAUAAGUCAUCCCGCCAGUACCUCGACUUCUCCGUCGGCAACAACGUCAACACGAGCUGCACCUAUCCGCGCAUGUGGAGUCCGCACGGUUACCCUCUCAACGACACGGGAGCGCUGAGCGCCAUGAAGCGACCGUGCAAGGACAGCGAAUUCGAUCAGUAUGGCGACAUGAAAGGCGUUGGUGAAGUCCCCAUCUGGGAGAGCCAGCUUUCCAAGUUCGCUGGUGUUCAGGACCGUCUCCGAACCUGGCGCGACGACGUUCUGGGUAAGAUUAUGCACUUUUCCUGCAUGCAGAUCGCCAUGCUCGACAUUGAUGGGUUCCGUAUGGAUAAGGCGGCUCAGACACCGAUUGACGUUCAUGCGAAAUGGUCCGACUAUCAGCGAGAUUGCGCCAAACGCUUCGGCAAGGAGAACUUUCUGAUCGUCGGGGAAAUCGUCAGCAAAAUUCCAUACGCGUCUUUGCUUGUCGGUCGCGGCAAGCAGCCAGAUCAGGCGUUCAAGAACAUGACGCAGGCUGUCUCGGCCAUUGAUGUGAAGAACGACAAUGACAGCUACCUUCGGCCGUUCGGGUCCGUCGCUCUUGACGGCGAUGCCUUCCACUAUCCCUUCUACGGUGCUAUGACCCGCUUCUUAGGUCUGGACGGCCCAAUCGGUCUCGAAGGCGUCGACUUUGUCGAGCUAUGGCACGACCUCCUUCUCCAUGAAGACAUGGCGAAUGCAUACACCGGAGAAUUCGACCCUCGGCAUCUCUGGGGUAUGACCAAUCAGGACGUCUUCCGAUGGCCGGCCUUGGCAAAUGGAACCCAGCGUCAUUUGCUGGGGCUCUUCAUCGCGAACUUGAUGAUGCCCGGAGCGCCCUUCCAGCUGUGGGGCGAGGAGCAGGAGGCAUAUAUCCUGGAGAACCAGGCUUCAGAUUAUGUAUUCGGUCGAACGCCGAUGGCAUCGCAACAGGCAUGGCAGAUGCACGGCUGCUACAAGCUCGGCGAGGAAGUCUACGUAGACAUGCCUUUUGAUAGAGCCCUCCGCGGAUGCGAGGAUGACACCGUCAGCCUCGAUCAUCGCGAUCCGUCACACUUUAUGCGUAACGUCUUGAAGAGGCAUUACGAGCUUCGAGAGCAAUACGCCGUGCUCAACGACGGGGCAUAUCUGGAGACGUUAUCUUCUCAGUUCCACGACAUUUACCUGCCUGGUAGUCUUGGGAUGCCGUCACCAACUGGUAUCUGGAGCGUCUACCGUGGUCGCUUCCCUGGUGUCCAGGACUUCUCGCAUGCUGGACCGUUGGGCAACCAGGGUCUCUGGAUCAUCUACUCGAACGACAACAAGACGGUCAACUACACUUUCAACUGCCGGAAUCAGACCGAGGGCCUCCUUGCUCCAUUUCCUGCCGGCAUCACCGUUAAGAGCUUAUUCUUCCCGUACGAGGAGUACACGCUCGAAUCUUCUUCAGCCAAGCUCGACAUUGACGGCUUGGAAGAGAACAACGGUUGUCUCAGCAGUUUCGAAAUGCAGCCAUGGAGUUACAAGCUGUUCGUACCGAAAGACAAGUGGGUGGAGCCCCGCCCGACCAUUACCCGCGUUAUCCCCGGCCACGACGCACGCCUCAUCUCGCAGGUACCUGAUGGCGAGCACCAGACAGUGCCCAUCGAGGUCCACUUCUCGAGCGAGAUGAACUGCGCAUCAGUUGUCCGCAACUUCUUUAUCAGAUCUACUACUGCAAACGGAGAGGUCGCGCGAUUGAACACGUCUAGCGUCAACUGUUCACUUGUGGAGCUCGAGAAGCAACAGCAGAAUGUUGGCCAGAUCGGCACCGCCUGGGUUGUGAAGGGAGAACUGGAGAAUGUUUAUGAUGGCAUCCACGUCUACACAAUCAACAACGCAUCCACGGAGAAUACGAACCUCUACACCCAAGCAGUCGAUCACUUCAUGUUCCGCAUCGGACAACCGGAAAACCCAAUGAUCUUCCCUUCAACAUCCAACUACUCAACCAGUCUACUCCAUCGCGAUGAGAAGACAGGUGCGCUUACCGUCACGCACAAGGCGAGUGGUGCGGACAAGUGGCAAUACACUCUCAACUGGGGCGCUACAUGGAGCGAUUGGCAGGACUACACUUCCGCCAACGCUACGAUCACUCAGCAGCCUUGGUCAGGCUCGAAGGACCAGCAAUGGAAGGGUGAGCACGUCAUGAUCCGCUACUGGAGCGAGAUGGCCGGCAGUAUGGAGCACGUUCAGCACGGCGACGUUGGCGUUGAUACGCCACGACGCUGGCCCCACAUGCAUGUCACCGGCGCCUGGAAUCUCUACGGUUUUGACUCAGGACUUCCCGACAAAAUGCAUGAUACCGGUACCGGUCAAUGGCACUUUGACAUCAUGACUGAAUAUCCCACCGACGUUAUGCUCAGCACAUGGGGUAUUAAUCCAGACGGACAGCCGGAUAAAUCAAAAAUGUAUGGAGACGUCGAUCAUGAUCACGUCCUUGACUGGCUCCCACCGACCAGUUUGGGAAAAAACGUGAUCAACAUUACUAAUCCCGGGAUGCCUUACGUGGGCGUUAAAAUCAUUGCCAAUGACGCAAACCUCCGGUACUCCUUCCAGCCAGUCGGGUCGGGUUACCGACAGUUGGCCAUUACUGUUCUGCUCGCCAUAAUUCCUCUUGCUACGGGUGCUUUGGCCAUUUGGCUGUUUCUGAAGUCAUUCUACGAUGUCAAGCACAAUGAGCAUGGCGUGUCGGAGAAGCGUCAGACUAUUAUGGGCAUGGGCAGCCUCCCUACCCUCUCCAGCACAGCCUUCAAGAAGCAUGCCAACAGCCGUCUCAGUCUCUUCAGACCCAAGCCAACUGCACCAAAGAACCCCCAACGUCGGGAAGGCUUCGCGACCGAUGACGAGAACACUCGCCGGACCGUCCUGCUAGCCACUAUGGAGUACGAGAUUGAGGACUGGAAGGUGAAGGUCAAGAUCGGCGGGCUUGGUGUUAUGGCGUCGCUCAUGGCGAAGAACCUCCAGCACCAGAACCUUGUCUGGGUCGUUCCCUGCGUCGGGGGCCUAGACUAUCCGAUUGACCAGGUCGGAGAGCCUAUGCGAAUAACCAUCCUCGACCAGACAUACAUCAUCAACGUACAGUAUCACUGCUAUCAAAACAUCACUUUCGUGCUCCUCGACGCCCCAGUCUUCCGCGCUCAGACCAAGAACGAGCCCUAUCCCUCGCGCAUGGACGACAUGGAGAGCGCCGUGUACUACUCAGCAUGGAAUCAAUGCAUUGCCGAAACGAUGAGACGCUUUCCUGAGAUCAGCCUCUACCACAUCAACGACUAUCACGGGACCCUCGCUCCGCUCUACCUUCUCCCCGACGGUGCACCGGCAUGCUGUCUCUCGCUUCACAACGCCGAGUUCCAGGGUCUCUGGUCCAUCAAGCGCCCACAAGACAUGAGCGAGAUCUGUAGGGUGUUCAACCUCAGCAAGGACAUCGUCACGAAAUAUGUCCAGUUUGGUGAGGUCUUCAACAUGCUGCAUGCGGGCGCCAGUUAUUUGCGUCUUCACCAGCGAGGCUUUGGCGCAGUUGGUGUGUCGAAGAAGUACGGCAAGCGAUCGUUCGCGAGAUAUCCAAUAUUCUGGGGUCUGACGAAGAUUGGCUCGCUCCCGAAUCCUGAUCCGUCUGAUACUGCUCCCUGGAGUAAGGAUCACAAGCUGCCCGAUUUUGUGGCUAUUGACGCAGAGUCGGAGGCCCAGCGAGGAAUUCUUAGGACUCAGGCCCAGGAGUGGGCUGGUCUCCAAGUAGAUCCUGAGGCUGAACUCUUCGUCUUCGUCGGUCGCUGGUCGAUGCAGAAGGGCAUUGAUAUCAUCGCCGAUGUGUUCCCGUCCAUCUUGGAGAAGAACCCCAAGGCCCAACUCAUCUGCAUCGGACCGGUCAUCGAUCUCUACGGAAAGUUUGCUGCUCUCAAGCUUCAGCGUCUCAUGGAGCUCUAUCCAGACCGCGUCUGUUCCAAGCCGGAAUUUACCGUUCUUCCACCUUGCAUCUUCAGUGGUGCUGAAUUUGCUCUGAUCCCAUCACGAGAUGAACCCUUCGGUCUGGUCGCGGUUGAGUUUGGCCGCAAGGGAGCAUUGGGUGUCGGUUCACGAGUUGGUGGUCUCGGGUCCAUGCCUGGGUGGUGGUUCACCAUCGAAUCGGUCGCGACCAAGCAUCUCGUUCGGCAGUUCCAGAGUGCUAUCAAAGCCGCCAUGGCUUCUUCGCAGGAGACAAGGGCGGAGAUGCGGGCUCGCUCAUCCCUUCAGCGCUUUCCGGUUGCCCAGUGGAUCGAAGACCUUGAGAAGCUUCAAUCCGGAGCCAUCCAGGUGCACCAACGCACCGGCACACGCGCUUCUCUAGCCCACGGUGCUAGCACUCCUUCUCUCCUAACCCCGUUGCCUUCAGCACCUGGGACCGCAUUCACUUCUCCCGCUACCACUAGGCCCUCUAGUCGGAUGGGUAGCCGUGUCGCCAGUCGCGUGACCAGCCGAGCUUCUAGUCCGGUGCGCGACCCGACUCAAGAACCCCGGCGCGGCUCUGCUGUCUCGCAUAGCCGUAAGCGCAGUCGACCUAUGGCUCUUAGCUUAAAUUCCGCCGCCGUUUCACCUGCUACCACAGCGCCAGGCUCACCGGCGGCUGUGACGCCCAUAGACCGCGGCACCGGCUUUAGCCUGUUUCCCAUCGUAAGCGCAGGGAGCGAGCAAACAGAGGAGUACUUCUCGCGAGACUUGCGAAGAAAUGUUGGGCGUGCAUCAGUAUCAAGGCACCUUUCACGUCAAAACUCACAAGAUUCAAACAUCUCACUUUCGUCAUCCACUCCCGAUGCAUCGCGAGGACCCGGAGGAUCAGGAGCACGCACACCAAGUCCUACUGAGCCUGUUCUUCCUCUUCCUUUGGCAGGACAGAGCGCCAAUCCUUCCGUCCUCAGCCUUUCUGAGGUCGUUGGUGAGGAGAAAAACUACCGCAUGCAGAAGGUCGAGCCCUUCUUCACAGACGCGCAAGGUGUCUAUACCAAGCAGUUCGACAGGCUACUUAGUGGUCUCAAUGGCCGCACUUCGACAAAGGAACUUUGCAUUGAGGAGUUCAUCACCAAGUCCGAGAAGAAUUGGUUUGGUCGCUUCUACGACGCGAAGCUGGGUGUCAAGGCCACUUCUUCUAAAGUCACUGCCACGCGUGAAAACUCCUCGCCUAACAGCAGCGAGAGCGGCAGCAGUUCAUCAAUCCGCUCAGGCACUCUAGUCGAAGACGAGUUCGAGCUCGGAAACGACUACACACCACCUGGAGGCUUCAGGAAAAUCAUCCAGUACAAGAUUCAUGACUGGCCGCUCUACGCCUUCCUCAUCGCCCUCGGUCAGAUCCUGUCAGCCAACAGCUACCAGAUCACGUUGCUCUCUGGCGAAAUCGGCCAAACGGCUUCAAAGCUAUACACUGUCGCGAGCAUCUACCUCGCUGCCUCCAUCCUCUGGUGGACGCUCUUCCGUACCCUACAGUCUCGCUACGUCGUCGCACUCCCGUUUAUCUGCUACGCGCUCGCCUUCUUCAUGCUCGGCAUGGCGCCGUAUGGUCGCUCAAUCGUGGCUCGUGGUUGGAUCCAGAACGUCGCAACUGGUCUCUACGCGCUUGCUUCGGGUUCCGGCUCGCUCUUCUUCGCGCUGAACUUCGGCUCCGAAGGCGGCACCGCGACACACACCUGGGUCUUCCGCGCGUGCGUCGUCCAAGGCACGCAGCAACUCUAUGUCACGGUUCUCUGGUACUGGGGCUCACACCUCUCUUCGCUUUCCGCACACGGCAAGAAUCCCACUGGGUUCGCAACUUCGCCGUACAUCACCGCCGUCACGACACCCGUCGCGUUGCUCCUCGCCUUCAUCGGCAUCGCGCUCUUCCUCGGUCUCCCGGACUUCUACCGCUCUUCCCCCGGCAAAGUCCCCUCGUUCUACAACAGCCUCCGAAGGAGAAAGAUCAUCCUCUGGUUCUUCGUCGUUGUCGUUAUCCAGAACUACUUCCUCAGCGCGCCGUACGGGCGUAACUGGCGCUACCUCUGGUCCAGCAACACCAUCCCUGCGUGGAGCAUCGCUAUUCUCGUCCUCGUGUUCUUCAUCGGCGUAUGGAUUGCCGUGUUCAGCGUCUUCCAGAAGCUGUCUGUCGAGCAUAGCUGGAUCCUGCCCAUUUUCGCGAUUGGCCUCGGUGCUCCGCGAUGGGCUCAAAUGCUCUGGGGGACGUCGGGAAUGGGUCUGUUCAUUCCGUGGGCGGGCACACCGACUAUUGGCGCCCUACUCGGCCGCUGCCUUUGGCUUUGGCUGGGUGUCCUGGACGCAUUGCAGGGUGUCGGCUUUGGCAUGAUUCUUCUGCAGACGAUGACGAGGUUCCACGUCGCCUUCACUCUCACCGCUGCGCAAGUCGUCGGCAGCGUGGCUACCAUUGUCGCCCGUGCCACUGCGCCCGACCGAUUAGGCCCUGGAUCUGUGUUCCCCAACCUCGCGCUGUCUAUACAUGGCCUCGAGAACGGAGUCUUCUGGGGAGCGCUGCUCCUUCAGGGCGUCGUGUGUAUUGGCUUCUUCAUGUUCUUCCGCAAGGAGCAGUUGUUCAAGCCUUGAUCAACUUUCCUCGGUGCUCAGAUUGCUUACACCGCACGGCUUUUUGCUUGCAUUCAGACUGCGAUUCUGUAUACGGCCUUUUGCUUUUAAUGUCUCUUCUACGCUUUAUUGUACUUGCUUUCUUCUUUGGCGUUUGGGCGUCUGGACAGGUGCGGCUUUGCUUCGCUUGGCUUGGCUUGGGCUUGCAUUAUACCACGAAACUCAUACUUCGCAU